AGAAUCAAGUGUAAUUCCUCUGUCCUCAGAAACCAAAGUAAAGAACAACAGAAAUCAGGACCAGUUUUCCCUAUAAAAUUAACACAAAAGCUAAAGCUUCAGUCCUUGCAUUGAAGACCGGAAACACAACCUUCAGGCCUUCACCUCUCUCUCUCUCUCUCUCUCUCUCUCUCUCUCUUCCCCCAAAAUAUUUAAAUCCUAAGCAUGAUUUCAUCACUACUUGGUAUUUAUAUCACCACCCCCACAUGGGCAAAACUUUAAGAAAACUCAACCCCAUUUCUGUGUUUUUCUAAUCGGGGAAAUGCGUAGAAGUUCAAGCCAAGGUGUCAGAACUUAAAAACCAAGACAUUAGAAGCUGUGAGAGAAGAAGGAAGAAGAAAAAGAAGAAGAAGAUGGAAGUGGUGUUUUUAAUUAUUUUUUGUCAUUCAUGGUUGUUCUCGAGAACUUCGGAAUUGGUGAGGGAGUGAAAGUACUCAACAAAGUUUUCUUAGAAUGGUCAUCUUGUGUUGGAUGGAUUUGGUGGGAGCGUCAUUUCUAAGGGAAAAAACUGGGAAUAGAGGGUGCCGUUUCGUUCACAGAAGAAGACAACACCAAUGUACACAAAUGAAAACCGAUAUAGUGCAAGAAACAACAAGAGGAAAUUUCUCAAACAUGGUUUCUUGCUGUUGUACGAUCUCACCAAUCAUUCCCAUUUUUGUUUUCUUUCUUCUUGUCUGUUCUUCAAUUUGUCCUGUCUAUUCAUCGGAAACCGGCAAUCUCCACGCUAAAAAUCAAACUUUGCGGCCACAAGAAGAGAUACAAAAGUUGAAAAUAAUAAGAGAACGUCUCAACAAGAUCAACAAGCCAGCAGUCAAGACAAUUCAGAGUCCAGAUGGCGAUAUCAUAGAUUGUGUUUUAUUGCAUCAUCAACCGGCCUUCGAUCAUCCUCAAUUAAAAGGACAAGAACCAUUGGAUCCACCAGAGAGACCAAGUGGUCAUAACCCAAAUGGGAUGGCGGCAGAAGAUUUUCAGCUGUGGAGUAUGUCUGGUGAAUCAUGUCCGGAAGGAACAAUUCCAAUCAGAAGAACAACUGAACAAGACGUGUUGAGGGCUAGUUCUGUUAGAAGAUUUGGAAGGAAAUCAAGAAGAAGUGUCAGACGAGACUCAACAGGCAAUGGCCAUGAGCAUGCAGUUGGGUUUGUGAGCGGAGAUCAAUAUUAUGGAGCAAAAGCAAGCAUAAAUGUGUGGGCACCUCGUGUCUCUAAUCAAUACGAAUUCAGCUUAUCACAAUUGUGGGUCAUCUCUGGUUCAUUUGGCGACGAUCUCAAUACCAUUGAAGCUGGCUGGCAGGUCAGCCCAGAGCUAUAUGGGGACAACUAUCCUAGAUUCUUUACUUAUUGGACCACCGACGCAUACCAAGCAACCGGCUGUUAUAAUUUGCUGUGCUCAGGAUUUGUUCAAACUAAUAAUAGAAUUGCAAUUGGAGCUGCAAUCUCCCCAACCUCAUCUUACAACGGCGGACAGUUUGACAUUACCCUCUUGGUUUGGAAGGAUCCAAAGCAUGGAAAUUGGUGGUUGGAAUUCGGAUCGGGGAUUCUGGUAGGAUACUGGCCAUCAUUCUUGUUUUCUCACCUAAGGGAUCAUGCAAGCAUGGUACAAUUUGGUGGAGAAAUUGUGAAUUCAAGGCCAGGAGGGUUUCACACCUCGACAGAAAUGGGCAGUGGUCAUUUUGCGGGGGAAGGCUUUGGAAAGGCCUCCUAUUUCCGAAACUUGCAAGUUGUUGAUUGGGAUAAUAACUUAAUCCCAUUAGCAAAUCUUCGGGUCCUGGCAGAUCAUCCCAACUGCUAUGAUAUCCAAGGAGGGAUUAAUAGAGUUUGGGGGAAUUAUUUUUACUAUGGUGGACCUGGAAGAAAUGUGAGGUGUCUCUAAAGAGAAUGGUAUAGGGUGGAAUUUUUUCCCUCUUUUUUUUUUAAUAUAUAGUUUUUUUUCUUUAAUACUUGUUGGGUGAAAUUGGAUUUCUUCUGGAGAUCAUUGAUCAGAGAGCUUGGGCCUUUGGGGGUAUUCUUAUAGUAAUUAUUUUUCCUUGUUACCCAAUUUUUUCCAAUGUUCUUUCCUUUCAACUAACAGGUGUCCUUUUAACUAUACAACCUUUAGGGACUUGAUGUAAAUGUGGAAAAAAGUAUGGAAUAUAGUGAAUACAGUAUGGGUUGUGAAUAUGAUUCCUCUUUUCCUUCUGUUAUCCCGGUUGGGAAGAAUUGAAGAAUGCAAAGGUUUAAAAACUGGCACAUCAUCUUCAACAUUGGCAACUAAAUGAUUGAAUAGAGCAAUUAAUCCCAAUAGGGACCGUUCAAUUGGCCAGAGAU